AUGACGGCCAUGACAGCCCACUGUGACAGCCACUGUACCAGCCCACUGUACCAGCCCACUCCACUGUACCAGCCCACUGUGACAGCCCACUGUGAUAGAUCACUGUACCAGCCCACUGUGAAAGCCCACUGUGCCAGCCCACUGUGCCAGCCCCUCAACACCAGCCCACUGUGCCAGGCCACUGACAGUCCACCGUGCCAGGCCACUGACAGUCCACCGUGCCAGGCCACUGACAGUCCACCGUGCCAGACCACUGACAGUCCACCGUGCCAGGCCACUGACAGUCCACCGUACCAGACCACUGACAGUCCACCGUACCAGACCACUGACAGUCCACCGUACCAGACCACUGACAGUCCACCGUACCAGACCACUGACAGUCCACCGUACCAGACCACUGACAGUCCACCGUACCAGACCACUGACAGUCCACCGUACAGGUCCACCCCCACUGUGACAGCCCACUGUGCCAGCCCACUGUACCACUCACUGUGCCAGCCCACUGUACCAGCCCACUGUGCCCAGCCCACUGUGCCAGCCCACUGUGCCAGCCACUGUAUCAGCCCACUGUGCCAGCCACUGUGCCAGCCCACUGUAUCAGCCCUGUGCCAGCCCACUGUACCAGCCCACUGUGCCAACCCACUGUGCCAGCCCACUGUGACAGCCCACUGUGACCAGCCUGUAUCAGCCCACUGUGCCCAGCCCACUGUGCCAGCCCACUUUAAGUUGGAUCAGAGCAGCUGUAACAUCAGAGCAGCUGUAACAUCAGAGCAGCAGGAACAUCAGAGCAGCAGGAACAUCAGCAGGAAUAUCAGAGCAGCUGGAACAUCAGCAGGAACAUCAGCAGGAAUAUCAGCAGGAACAUCAGCAGGAAUAUCAGAGCAGCUGGAACAUCAGAGCAGCUGGAACAUCAGAGCAACUGGAACAUCAGAGCAGCAGGAACAUCAGAGCAGCAGGAACAUCAGAGCAGCUGGAACAUCAGAGCAGCAGGAACAUCAGAGCAGCUGGAACAUCAGCAGGAACAUCAGAGCAUCUAGAACAUCAGCAGGAAUAUCAGAGCAGCUGGAACAUCAGAGCAGCAGGAACAUCAGAGCAGCAGGAAUAUCAGAGCAGCUGGAUCAUCGGCAGGAAUAUCAGAGCAGCUGGAACAUCAGCAGGAAUAUCAGAGCAGCUGGAACAUCAGCAGGAAUAUCAGAGCAGCUGGAACAUCAGCAGAAUAUCAGAGCAGCUGGAACAUCAGCAGGAAUAUCAGGCAGCUGGAACAUCAGCAGAAUAUCAGAGCAGCUGGAACAUCAGCAGGAAUAUCAGAGCAGCUGGAACAUCAGCUGUAACAUCAGGCAGCAGGAACAUCAGGAGCAGCAGGAACAUCAGGCAGCUGGAACAUCAGAGCAACUGGAACAUCAGGCAGCUGGAACAUCAGAGCAGCUGGAACAUCAGAGCAGCUGGAACAUCAGGCAGCAGGAACAUCAGAGCAGCAGGAACAUCAGGACAGCAGGAACAUCAGAGCAGCUGGAACAUCAGAGCAGCAGGAACAUCAGAGCAGCUGGAACAUCGAGCAGCUGGAACAUCAGCAGGAAUAUCAGAGCAGCAGGAACAUCACAGCAGCAGGAACAUCAGCUGGAACAUCAGGCAGCAGGAAUAUCAGGCAGCAGGAACAUCACAGCAGCAGGAACAUCUGGCUGGAACAUCAGAGCAGUAGGAACAUCAGAGCAGCAGGAACAUCAGAGCAGCUGGAACGUCACAGCAGCAGGAACAUCAGAGCAGCAGGAACAUCAGCAGGAAUAUUAG